AUCGUUCAAUUGCUCAACACGUUGUAUACUUUGUUUGAUGAGAUAAUCGAGAGUUUCGAUGUCUACAAAGUGGAGACUAUCGGCGAUGCCUAUAUGGUGGCUUCUGGGCUACCAGUGCGGAAUGGUCAUCGACACGUGGUGGAGAUUUCAAGAAUGGCGAUGGCAUUCCUUAAGACGUGUCUCAUUUUUGAGAUCCCCCAUCAGCCAAGCCGGCGACUUGACCUUCGAAUUGGCAUCCAUUCAGGUAGGGAUGCAUUAAAUUCUGUCCUGUUUGUGCCGGAGUUGUAG